GAGCGUUCCUUCUAUUGAAUUCCUAAACCUAGAUUUCUUACCGAUGGCCGGAAGAGGGAAAGUGAUAGGUGCGGCGGCAGCGAAGAAGGUUACUUCAAGGAGCAGCAAGGCAGGGCUUCAGUUUCCUGUUGGUAGGAUUGCUCGAUUCCUCAAGACUGGCAAGUAUUCCGAGCGCGUUGGUGCUGGUGCGCCGGUUUACAUGGCCGCUGUGUUGGAAUAUCUUGCUGCUGAGGUUCUGGAGCUUGCCGGGAACGCUGCCCGGGACAACAAGAAAACGAGGAUAGUUCCAAGGCACAUUCAGCUUGCUGUGAGAAACGAUGAGGAACUUUCAAAGCUCCUUGGUUCUGUAACCAUUGCUAAUGGCGGUGUGAUGCCCAACAUUCACAGCCUUCUCCUUCCAAAGAAGUCCGGAUCUUCAAAGGCCGGUGCUGAUGCCGACAACUAGAUUGUGCAAUUUCUCAUUCUUUGUUCUUUCCGUUUAGAAAUCUCGGGAUUUGUAUAUGAGUAACCUUCUGAUGUAGUCCAUCAACUUGGAACUAUUAUUGCUAACGUUGUUUGUUUUCUUGUCCAAGUGUUACAGAAAUUGUAGGUCGUCUUGUCUGACUAUUUCAUGGUGUUUGGUUCUGUGAUUA